UUUAAGGCUUCUUAAAGUGGAUUGUGGCUGUCUGUAGCACUCAGAGAAGCUUCAUUAGUCGUCAGAGGGAGGCAAGACUGUGACUCAUGCCUGCGUGAAGAGACCAAUGGGCAGCCGGAGCCUGAGAUAUAAAUAACGAAUAAAAGAUAUUCUUGAGGGAGAAAGGGUCACUUGCGGGAUGGGAUUUUGUUAGUGCGCUCUGUUGGUAUUCCGCCAUCGCCGCCCCUGGACUGUUCGCUGUCUCGCCUUUGGGUGGCAAUUGUUACAUUCAGCUGUAGUUUUUCUGGACUCGACAACCUGUGCGCCAGUGAGCCGUUGAACUAUUUCCCAGUUGGACAUCAAAUAACGGAGGACUGAUGGCCACGUCUGAACCAAGAGCCACCGGCGGGGACCAGGACCCCAACUCCGACAAUUUAAGACCUCCGUCCGCAACCUACGAAUAUGCGUGGAUGCACGGAUGCACACGGAAGCUGGGGAUGAAGAUUUGUGGGUUCCUGCAGAAGAACAACAGCCUGGAUGAGAAAGGGAGGCUCGCGGGUCAGAAGAACUUGCUCUCGUGCAACAACAGUGACAGGGACGCGCGCUUCCGCCACACCGAGACCGACUUCUCCAACCUGUUCGCCAGAGACUUGCUGCCAGCCAAAAAUGGAGAGGAGCCUACAAUACAGUUUUUGUUGGAGGUCGUCGACAUCCUCACCAACUACGUCAAGAAGACUUUCGACCGCUCCACCAAGGUGCUGGACUUCCACCACCCUCACCAGCUCCUGGAGGGCAUGGAGGGCUUCAACCUGGAGCUGUCCGACCAGCCUGAAUCCCUGGAGCAGAUUCUAGUGGAUUGCAGGGACACACUGAAAUAUGGCAUCCGGACAGGUCACCCACGGUUCUUCAACCAGUUGUCCUCUGGUCUGGACAUCAUCGGUUUGGCUGGAGAGUGGCUCACCUCCACUGCUAACACCAACAUGUUCACGUAUGAGAUUGCUCCAGUGUUUGUGUUGAUGGAGCAGCUGACUCUGAAGAAAAUGAGAGAGAUAAUUGGUUGGCCUGAUGGAGAGGGAGAUGGACUCUUUUCACCAGGGGGCGCUAUCUCCAACAUGUACAGUGUGAUGAUCGCACGGUAUAAGUAUUUUCCAGAGGUCAAGACCAAGGGCAUGUCUGCUGCUCCUCGCCUUGUCCUCUUCACAUCUGAACACAGCCACUACUCCAUAAAGAAGGCUGGAGCUGCUCUUGGCUUUGGUACUGAGAAUGUGAUCCUGCUGAGCACAGAUGAGAGAGGGAGAGUCAUUCCUGCAGAUCUGGAGGCCAAGAUUAUUGAUGCUAAACAGAAGGGUUAUGUGCCAUUGUUUGUGAAUGCCACGGCUGGUUCAACCGUGUACGGUGCAUUUGAUCCCAUCAAUGAGAUCGCUGACAUCUGUGAGAAGUACAACUUGUGGCUCCAUGUUGAUGGAGCAUGGGGUGGUGGACUUCUGAUGUCCAGGAAGCAUCGCCAUAAACUUAGUGGAGUGGAGAGGGCCAACUCUGUCACAUGGAACCCUCACAAGAUGAUGGGCGUGCCUCUGCAGUGCUCUGCAAUCCUGGUUAGAGAGAAGGGAAUCCUGGCAGGCUGUAACUCCAUGUGUGCCGGCUACCUGUUCCAACAAGACAAACAGUACGACGUUACCUAUGACACAGGGGACAAAGCAAUCCAGUGUGGCCGACACGUUGACAUCUUUAAGUUCUGGCUCAUGUGGAAGGCCAAGGGCACCAUAGGGUUUGAGCAGCACAUUGACAAAUGUUUGGACCUGUCUCAGUACCUGUACAACAAGAUCAAGAACAGGGAGGGAUAUGAGAUGGUGUUUGAUGGAGUGCCUCAGCACACCAAUGUUUGCUUCUGGUACAUUCCACCCAGCCUGAGAGGAAUGCCUGACGGUGAUGAGCGGCGAGAAAAACUCCACAGGGUGGCGCCAAAGAUCAAGGCCAUGAUGAUGGAGUCAGGGACCACCAUGGUGGGCUACCAGCCUCAGGGCAAUAAAGUCAACUUCUUCCGUAUGGUCGUCUCCAACCCCGCGGCUACCCAGUCUGACAUUGACUUCCUUAUCGAUGAGAUUGAGAGGUUGGGUCAUGAUCUGUAGACUCUCGCCGCUGCUCUAGAGGCCAAAUGGCAAACCUACUGUCUUCUUUCUGUUGUAUUUCUAAGGCAAAUGCCAACAAGGUGAAACACUCACAGUGCUGCAGACAGAAUAAUAAUAGGACAUGUUUUGUUUCUCUGUAGCUAGUCUAUGUUUGCCUGAAGCGUUCUGACUGUUUCUCCAGCCGAAGAGAAACUUGCAAUGAGAGAGACUUUGGCUUUCUUCCUUGCUCGUGCCACACAGUUCCUCCUCUAGAUAAAAUAUAUAAGUACCAGUGUCUGAAGGCUUCAGGCACUGUAAACAUGCUCUAAUGUAUGUGUGUGCUGUGAAAUCUUGUAAUGUGGGUGUGUGUGUAAUCCAGCUUCUCAUGCAAUGUAGUUUGUCUCUUAAUGUUUGUAUGUGUGUGUCUGAGUGUGUGCGUGUGUGUGUUUGUUGAAACACUGAAAGAGAGAUAAGCACAGAUCAAAAUAUAACAAACUAUCAUAAAAUUAUUCUGCUGUAUCAUACAUUUGCUACACAAAAUUAAAUCACUGGUGCUUUCAGCUGUAUGUUAUAUUUAUUCUCAGUGCACUGACCUGUUUGUCCUAAACCAGUGUCCAAGCCCCUGAAGCAGUGUGUGUGUGUGUGUGUGUGUGCGUGCGUGCAGGUGUGCAUGUAAUUUCUUGUCAUGUAUUUUAGGCUAGCAGUAUGAUAAAAUAAUAAGCUUAUUAUGACCUAAUGUGCACACCAUAGGAACCAAGUGUGUUGAGCUUAGAGGUUUCAGAUAACCUCCAGCAGCAGGUCUACAGUUUGCAAUAUUUUCCCUUGUAGUUUUAAGAUUUAAAAUGUCUACAGCUAUCCCAAGUCUGUGACAACUUUUACCUUAUAAAACGCUGGCUCGUUGUCUGUUUCAUGCAAUCAUGUGACACACAUAUGUGUUUAUAACAUUGUUAAAAUAUUAAUAUUUGAUAAAAAAAAGAACAAAUAUUUAUUGCAUUUCCACUGUUUGCAGAUUCAGGUAUUUUAUUGUAAAUGUAACUUUAUGUGUAUUACAUGGUAAUACAUUUGUAAAUGUAUUCACAGAAUUUUAGGUGGAGUUUAUUUCUAGUGAUUUUGUCAGCCAAAGAAAGAGAAUUGGGUACAGAGCAAUCCAUUGUUCUUCAUAUAUAACUUCUUAUACAUUAUAGAUGUUUGUAAAAUGUAAUCCGUUGACCCUCGACUGCGAUGCAAUUUCUAAACUGUGUUUGUUUCUGUGAUUGUGAGUCUUUUUGAUUGAAUGUUUUGAGAUGACUGACUGGCCUUCUGAUGAGAUUAAGAAUGAAGUCUAUAUGAUCCUCUGGCAGUCGUGCCAGUCUUUUAUUUUAGAGAGAAGCACAAGGAUGUGAGAAUGUACUCUCCUCCAGAGACUGGGAAGAAAGGAUUGUUGUAUCUGUCUGAAUCCUAAUGCAUUUACUGUAAUAUAGUAUAUUAAUUGUAAUACAUAUUACCUGUAUUCUCAGUGUUAUGGGAGUUAAAUGGAAUAUCUUGUAUAAAGAGUUCCUGUUUGUGUCUUUGCACAAUGUUCACCUUUCUUUCUUCCAUUGUAAAUGGAUAUGUACUAUGGCAGUAUUAUAUAAGACUUAUGUUAAAUUAUUUAUGGUAUCUAGGGACCAUAUGUGAAUGGCACAAUUAAAUCAUAUUUAAGGUAAUCUGUGUACUGUAUGUGACCAAUUACUCCUGUAUGUGACCAUUCUGUAAGGGGGCAUUUCCCAGGAGGUUUUCGGUAGGCACUUUAACAGAAUCAUACCAUCUCAAAAAAGAUCUUUAAUAAAGUCUAUUAAAG